AAAAAAGAAAAAGAAAAGAAAAAUAAAAAAGAAAGUGAAAAUAAAUACCAACCAACCUCUUUGUCAUCAUUAUUAUAAUUAUUAAAAAAUGGAUGAGAUUUAUUUAAGAAAUCAAGUACUUUCGAGUGCAGGUGGUGAGCAUCGAGUAGAAGUUAAUCAAAGACAUUUGAUCGAUAAGAUUUUGGCUCGAUACUCUGCUAAGUUUGUGGUAUUUCGGGAAUUGAUGCAAAAUUCCGAUGAUGCUAAAUCAACAAAAGUUCAAAUAUUUUAUGAAACCGCAAAACCAAAACAAGAUAUCAAGUUAAAAGACAAGAUCAUUAGAAUUGGUUUUAAGAAUAAUGGAUUUCCUUUUAGACCUGAAGAUUGGGAUCGAUUAAGGAAAAUUGCUGAAGGAAAUCCUGAUGAACAAAAAAUAGGAGCUUUUGGUGUAGGAUUUUAUUCAUUGUUUUCAGUUUGUGAAACGCCAUUUGUUUCUUCUGGUGAUCAAGGAAUGGCUUUUUAUUGGCAAGGAAAUCAAUUAUUAACAAAACAAGCGCGAAUUUAUAAUAAGGAUAAGAUUUGGACAUCAUUUUUAAUGGAUAUGAGAGAGACUGAGGAGUUUCCAGAAAUUGACGAACUCGCCCAAUUUUUAGCCAAUUCUUUGGGAUUUACCGGGAACCUUCAAGAAGUUUCAGUGUAUUUUAAUAAUACAUUGGUAAUAGAACUAUCAAAGAUAAUGAAAGAUUUGGGAUCGACGGGAAUAUCGCCCGAGUUUGACACAUAUUCUCCACAAGAGAUGUUUCAUAUUACAUCAGUAGAUGUUAGAGGCGUUCAACUAACCGUUAAGAGAUUAAUUAUUCCAAAAAAUAUAGAUAACAGGAAUAACUGGCGUUUUUUACCGAUAACUGAUCUUGAAAUUGAAAAAGUAUUUAUAUUUCUUAAAAUUGCUAAUGGUAAUUUGGAUGUUAUAGUUAGCGAAGCAUUUUCUAAUGAAAUGGAACGAAGCACUAAAAAGAAACCACCAAGUAAAACAACCAUCCAAAUAAUUUAUACUGGAUAUGGUGAACAUAAUUCAUCUAUGAAUCAUGAGAAUAAUAUUUCCCCAAUAUUUGAAAAUUUACAUCCAUUUCCGAAACAAGGAAGAAUAUAUAUUGGAUUUCCAACUCAUCAAACUACUGGAUGUUGUAUCCAUUUAGCGGCUCGCGUGAUUCCUACUGUGGAGAGGGAAUCAAUUGACUUGGUAGACAAGACUUUGGCUGUAUAUAAUAGUGAAUUGUUAAGUUUAGCGGGAACAUUAUGCAGAAUUCUAUAUGAAAGUGAAAUGUCUUAUAUAGAACAUCGUCACGAUAAAAUGAUUAAUGAAUCUAUUGAUUCUGAAGAACAGAUUGAAUGGCUUGAAAAUCUAGCAGAACAUGCUUUAACACAUUUUACAUUUAGAGAGAGUACGCCAAAUGCCGAAGUUGGCAGAAUAUCAGAAUCACAAUUUUUCGAAUGUUCCAAAAAAAAAUUAUCAAUUUAUUCAACAAAUGGUGUUCUACCGAUAACUGACGUUCGUAUUCCUAAUCGGGAAAUGGAAGGGUUCAUAAAAGCGGUUCCAGUUGUUCCAGAAUAUGUAUAUGAUAGAUGUAUCAGAUUUUUUAAGAAAGCAAAAGAUUCGAAAUUUAUAGAAGAAUUAUCUCUUAAAGAUGUUUUAUUUGAAUUGAAUAGUCGAUCUCUAUCUGAAGGGGAAAUGAUCGAACUUUUGAAAUGGUGGAUUUCUUAUAGAUCGAAAGAGAAUAAUGUUGAUCCAUCAGACGUUAAUCACUUCAUGCAACUUGCACGCGUUGGAGAUAAUUUUCAACCUUUGAAUACUAUUAAUUAUUUUUUGAAUCCAGGCAUAGUUCCACCAAAUAUGGAUAUCCCAAAUGAUGUAUUACCAUAUAGUAUUUCCAAAAAUUUCAAAAAUCAUAAAGAUUUUGAAACAUGGUUUAAAUGGAAAGAAUUAUCUCUGGUUAAUUGGGCAAGAUUUAUCGUUGGAAAACCUGAUUUGGAAUGUAACCCUGAUUUUGCUAGAAAAGUUCAUAGUACUUUGGCAAAAAGUUUGAACAAUCUCUCUCAAAAUGAUAAGAAAAUAAUUCAUCAGUUAUUUGAAAAAAAGAAAUGUAUUCCAACUAAAUUUGGAAUGAAGUUUCCACAAAAUGCUUAUUUCCAAAAUGUUAAUAUACUUCCUGAUUUGCCAACGAUCGAUUUUCAAAAGCCCUCAAGCGUUCAAGCUUUAAUGGAACUUCUGGGUGUUCGAAAGGUUGUUGAAUUACAACUAAUUUUUGAUCGUCUUCUUCAUGAAGGAGAUUGGGAUCAUAUACAACUUGUAAAAUAUCUUUCUUCAAAGUAUAAUGAUCUCAAAGAAAAUGAAAAAAAUAUAUUAAAGAGAAAACCUAUUUGGCCUAAAGAAAUUUAUUCAACAAAAGCAAAAAUUCGUCGUUACAUUGCCAAUCAAUUGUAUUCACCCAUACCAUUACAUCGUGAAUUUGGUUUACCUGUAAUUGAUUGGAAAGGAAGAUGGGGUCGUAACACUCCAGAAGGGAAAUUCUUAAUUGAAUUAGGUUUACAAGAAUAUCCUAAACUUCAAAAAAUUCUAGAACUUAUAGUACCACCAACACCUUCAAAAAUUCGUAUGAAAGCUUUUAAAUAUCUUAACGAUAAUUUUAAAGAUAGAUAUUCCAAAGAUUACAAACCGACUGAAAUCAACGUCACAUUUUUGCCAUGUAGAAAACGAUACGUUUAUGCGACACCUACAAAUUGUUAUAUUAAUUCUGAUUGCAUGAAAUUGAAUUUUAAUGUUAUACGUCAAGAUUAUUUGUAUUGCGCGGAACAAUUUGGUGUUCAACAAAACCCUAGUCCUGAUAAACUUUUAAAGAGUUUGAUCGAAAAACCACCACGAGAUAUAGCUAAGGCAAAAGGAGUUUUUGAAUAUUUGGCCUCACAACAAGGAAAUUUUACAGAUACUGAUUGGAAGAUUCUUGGUGAUCUUAAUUUUAUUCCAGUCAAAGAUAAAACUAGACCUAAUGUAAUUAAUCUUAUCAAUCCACAUAGUUGUUUCCUUGAAUGCACAGAAAAUAGUUUGAGAGAAUUCUUUACAUAUAUUGAUUUUGGAGAGAUUGCAAAAAGGUUUCUUCAAAGUUGCGGUGUUAAAAAUGAACCAUCUACGAUCGAAUUUGCCGAAUUAUUGGUGAAAUCAUCACGUGAAUUGUGGGAUUCUCCCGAUUUAGAUAAAUAUUCAUACAUUUUGGAUAGAAUUGCCAUUCACAUUAAUAUUAUAGAACGUAAUAAACCAAGUUUAUUUAUGGAUAUGAAAAGAGAACCUAUUUUAAUAGGUAUCGAGAAGAAAAUCUGUAAUGGUGAAAAGGUUGAUCAGAAAAAAUUGGCUUCAGCAAAAGAUAUUUUCAUAAAUGACGAUCAAGGAUAUCAACAAAUUUUUAAACCGUUGAUAGCCCCAGAAACCGAUUUAAUGGAAAAACUUUAUAAGAAAUUGGGGUGUAGAUCGUUAUCUGAAUCAGUACAAUAUACUGUAAUUCCAAAAGGUAUUAUUAAAAAAACUGAGAAUACUAUGAAGAUAAGGAAAGCAUUAAUAGAAAAAGCUGGUUUAUUUUAUCAUGAUAUAUCUAAAUCGAAGAUUUUAAGAGAUGAUGAAUGGCUUAAGAACUUGAAAGUGAGAUUAGUUGAUCGUAUAGAAGCAGUUUAUGAGUUAAAUAAUAAUGUUCAGAUUAGAAAUGAUACUACUGCUUGCGUAAUUGAAAGUAAUGAGUUGAGUUCAUGGGUACUUUAUAUAACACCCGAUCCAGAUAAUCUUGAUAUUUCGCAAUAUAUAUGCAAACAUAUUUUCAAAUCACCUAAAUUUAAGGAAUAUUCCUAUUUUAAUAUGAUCUUAAUCACAUCUUUAUCAACUUUGGAACGUAAGGGAUAUCCGGUUGAUCGUAUAUUAAAAUCUAGAUCACAGAACGUUGUUAAGCAAUAUAGUCAAAAACCUACCGUUAAAUCACCAGUUGCUGUAAAUUCUCAAUUUACUCAAAAUUUACGAAAUUCUUUACGAAAUGCAAUAAAAACUUGCCAUUCUAACCUUGGAAGUACUAUCGAUAGUCAAGCUUGUACUAUGGUUGUUAAAGAAAGUGAAUCAAGUUACUGUGAUGUCAUACCUGGUCAUUUAUUAUGCUGUGUUGGAAAUGAACAGGGUAUUGAACUUUAUGAUACUAAAAGUAUUAAGCAAGCGGACAUCUUAUCUCCAUCAAAUCGUGCUUCAUUAUUCCGUUUUUUAAAUAUAUUAAGAAAUAUUGCGAGUGUAUUUGAACUUGAAUUACAAGCCGUUCAUGUAUUUUAUGAUAAUUAUACCAAUAGUGUUGCAUUUAAUCGUGAUAGAUCAUUAUUUUUUAAUUUAAAAUUUUACAUUGGAUUACACGAUAAAGAAUGUGCGGUUAAACCUACAAGCGAUGCCAUGACUUAUUGGUAUCUUACAUUUUGUCAUGAAUUGGCACAUAAUAUUAUUCAAUCCCAUAGUUCUGAUCAUGAACAUUAUUUAACAUCAUACGCAGAAGCUUAUAUGUCAAAAUUUUUAACAAUGUUGAAAAAUCUUCGAUGAUGAUGAUGAUGAUGAU